AUGAUUCAUUGUACCGCACGGAAUAAUAUUGCACACUACUUCUUUGACAAAAUCAAGGAGGGGGGUGUAUAUUUACUAAAGGGUUUUACAGUCCAACGCACCGAUCAAUACCGUAUUUUAAAAGACAGCCCCUUUGUUAUCUGGUUGAACGGCUCCACGACUGUUAAGAGGGUUGACGAUACGAGUGGUUCAUUUACACGCUACCCGUUCUUACUUACCGCUUUUGAGGACCUCGAACCGACAGAGGGCAAGUAUUUUGUAGAUGUUAUAGGAUAUGUAACUGAGGUUGGCCCCCAAUCUGUGAAGGCAUCAGGUGCUCGCGCGGUUGAGUUUAAUCUAAACAACGAACGCAAUCGCCGAGUUAGAGUGACGUUAUGGGGAAAUUUGGGUGAUGCUCUGGUUAAGAAGAAGGCCGAAAACCCGGCUGUCUAUUGCCUUAUCCUUACUUCCAUGAGUGCAAAAUUUUACCUGGGCGUCCUUGGCUUGGCCAGUUCAUCGUCAACUAUACUCAUUGAUGGCUCCGAUGUACCCGCCCUACAAACUUUUAAGUCAUCCGUAAGCUGUGUAGCUAUGGGAGAUAGCAGCGACCCAGUCACCGAGGAAGUGGUCUGUGUUGGUACCCUACAAGAACUUGUGGACAGAGUUCGUGCCGACAAAUAA